AUGGUUUUGUGUGAUGUAACCAGGAUAAAUACAAGGAGUGGUUUUGCAAAGUGGACAGUAAUGGAGUAUAUGAGCACGGGUAGUGAUAGUAAAGAGGAGAUUGACUUGUUGCUAACUAAUUUAAAUAUGUCUGAGGUGAUAGACAUCAUGGAAAACCUUUAUCCAGGUGGAGACCUUGCAGUCUAUGAAGACGGCUUAAUUACAAUGUGUGAAGAGGCAAAUCAAAAUGAAGAACGUGCGGAAUCUUUACUCUUUUGUGAAAGGGAUGUUUCUUUGACAUCCUCUGUCAAAUAUGGGACUGUGGAAGAUCUGCUUGCGUUUGCAAACCAGGUGUCUAACACUGCAAAACAGUGUAAAGGAUGCAGACAGCAAGAAUCUGGAAUCCUCUUGAAUAUGAUCACACCCAAGAACGGGCGCUAUCAAAUCGACUCGGAUGUGCUCCUGUUUCCGUGGAAGCUGACUUACAGGAACAUUGGCUCUGAUUUUAUUCCUCGGGGAGCUUUUGGGAAGGUGUACUUAGCCCAAGAUAGAGAAACCAAGAAAAGAAUGGCAUGCAAACUGGUCCCAGUGGAACAGUUCAAGCCGUCAGAUGUUGAAAUACAGGCGUGUUUCCGUCACGAAAACAUUGCUGAAUUGUACGGUGCUAUCCUGUGGGAUGAGACCAUCCAUCUCUUCAUGGAAGCUGGAGAGGGAGGAUCUGUCAUGGAAAAACUGGAGAGUUGUGGUCCCAUGAGAGAAUUUGAAAUUAUUUGGGUGACAAAACAUAUUCUGAAAGGACUUGACUUUCUCCACUCCAAGAGGAUUAUCCAUCAUGAUAUCAAACCAAGCAACAUUGUAUUUAUGUCCACUAAGGCUGUUUUGGUGGAUUUUGGCCUAAGUGUUCAAAUGACUGAAGACAUUUACUAUCCCAAAGAUCUUAGAGGAACAGAGAUUUACAUGAGCCCUGAAGUUAUCCUCUGCAGAGGCCACACAACAAAAGCAGACAUCUACAGCAUGGGAGCUACUAUUAUUCAUAUGCAGACUGGCAUCCCACCCUGGGUGAACAGAUACCCUCGUUCUGCAUAUCCGUCAUACCUCUACAUUAUACACAAGCAGGCUCCCCCCUUAGAAGACAUUGCUGAAGACUGCAGCGCUUCCAUGAGAGAGUUACUAGAAGCAGCUCUAGAAAGGAAUCCUAAUCAUAGGCUGUCUGCAGCAGACUUACUGAAACACGAAGCCUUACACCCACCCCCAGAAGAGCAACCCCGGUGCCAGAGCCUGGACUCAGCAUUGUUUGAAAGGAAAAGGCUACUCGCAAGGAAGGAGCUGCAGUUGCCAGAGAACAUUACAGAUUCCUCUUUGUGUACUGGGAGCAUGGAAGAGUCAGACCUGCUAAGGAGGCAAAGAUCACUCUACAUAGAUCUUGGAGCUCUAGCUGGUUACUUCAAUAUUGUUAGGGGACCACCAGCCUUAGAAUAUGACUGAUUCGGUAAUGCUGUAUGUCAGCAGGUCAGAAGUGGACCUCUACCUCUUAAAACUUGAUUUUAGGACUUGAUUUUUCAAAUUUGUACAUAAAAAUAGUGCCAUUAUAGGCUGUAAAAUGUGAAUAGUGUUUAAUUGCACAGAUGAUUAAGCUAAACCCCUAGGGGCUCUGAUAAGCUGAUCCCAAGCAACAAUAUUUGUGUGUCUGCUGGUUGACGAACAAGAUGUCAAAAAGAACAUUGCUGGGAAUGUCUUAAUCCAAAUGUCUUAUCUUCCUGUGCUGGGCCUUGCACUUUUAUAAAACUUGUAAUAUAUGCUUGCCAGUACUGCCA